AUGGCAAAGGGAGAUCGACACUGGACUGUAGCCCAACGUAAUUUAGCUGUGGACCUAGUAAAACAGAGUAAGACAUAUCGUGAGGUUGAGGCAGAGACUGGCAUUUCCAACUGCACUGUUUCCAGAAUAAUGUCUGCCAGAAAUUUAGCUAAAAAGGUGGAAAAUGAGCACGGCAUCAAGAUCACUUCUCAAACAAUACGUAACGGGAUCAAGGAAGCUGGUUUCCAAAGAAGACAUGUUUGUAAAAAACUAUAUUUGACGAAGAAUCAUAUCAAACGCCAAUUUGAUUUUGCUAAAAUAUACAGAAACAUGGAUAUUAGUUUCUGGAAAGAGAUUUUAUGGAGUGAUGAAUCUAAAUUCAAUCUGAAGUCAUCUGAUGGAGCUAAAAAAGUAUGGCGCAAGAAAGGAGAAGUGUAUAAAUUGAACUGUAUGAAAGGCACAGUAAAGUUUGGCGAUGGUAAUAUUAUAGUUUGUGGACCUAUGGUUUGGAAAGGAGUUGAAAAACUGGCAUUUAUUGACUCAAAAAUGGAUGCUCCAUUAUACAGAGAAAUUCUCAAAAACAAUCUCAAGUCUUCAGCUCGAAAAUUGCGACUAGGCAAUAGUUAA